UCAGCACAAAUAAUAACUGGUCGACAGCCAGGUCGCUGCAGGCAUCAAGCUUCUUGUUUUGCAACGCCCCUCUGAAGGGAAGGGAAUGGUCGGUUUUUAAACAGAUAAGGCGAGUGGACCAUUUCCAGUGUGUUUUGCGGGAAAAGUGAAACUGGAUCUCCGAAGACUGGAUGUCCGAAACCAGCUGAGAAAAAGCGCAACAUCAACUUUAUAGAAUAAAAUAACCACCUCUAAGAAGAGCCUGAUAAGAUGGCGUCGGCCAACGAUACCCGUCAUCAGACGCAGGUGCAGAAGGAUGUGGCUGAUCAGAAUUUUGACUACAUGUUCAAGCUCCUCAUCAUUGGCAACAGCAGCGUUGGAAAAACUAGUUUUCUGUUCCGUUACGCUGACGACUCCUUCACCUCUGCAUUUGUCAGCACAGUCGGCAUCGACUUCAAAGUCAAAACUGUUUAUCGCAAUGAGAAACGAGUCAAACUGCAGAUCUGGGACACAGCAGGGCAGGAGAGGUACCGAACCAUAACCACAGCGUACUACAGAGGGGCCAUGGGCUUUCUGCUAAUGUAUGACAUCACUAACCAAGAAUCCUUCUACGCCGUGCAGGACUGGGCAACUCAGAUUAAAACGUACUCAUGGGACAACGCUCAGGUGAUUCUGGUGGGGAACAAAUGUGAUCUGGAGGACGACAGAAUGGUGGCCAGAGAGGACGGGCAAAGACUGGCUAAUGAGCUAGGCUUCCAGUUUUUUGAGGCAAGUGCAAAGGAUAACAUUAACGUCAAGCAGGUGUUUGAGCGGCUGGUCGACAUCAUCUGUGACAAAAUGAACGAGAGCUUGGACGGAGACCCCAACAUGUUAACCAAUCACAAAGGCCCGAGUCUGCAAGACACGCCCCCUGAUGGACAGAGCAGCUGCGGAUGUUAAUCAUCCUCUCUCAACAAACACUCAUACUUGAAGGCAAACAUUCACACACAUGCACUCCCUCUCUCUCUCUCUCUUUCUCUCUCUUACACACACAUACACCGGAAGAGAGACUCUUACACAAGUGUACAGCCAGUAUAUACUAUGAAAUGCCAACCAAACAGUAAGAAUCCGGCAUAAGCCCCUUAAAAUGAAUAACCAACAUUUCAGCUACAUAAACAUGCCCCUCAGGGAUUGAAUGAAAUGGGACAGGUUUCCUUUUGUGUGAAGUGUGGCUGCUAAUACAUUGAACUGUGAUAUCAUGAUGAGAACAGCUGGGAAAAUGCUGCAUGAAACUGCAGAGCAGGAAUCAGAAAUUCACAUGCCAAAGUCUUAACUGUUUCAAACUACUCCAGUGUCUGUUUACAUCAUGCAUUUGGUCAUCAGUGUGAAGUAGCUUUGAAAUGUAUAUGGAUUAUUUUAAUGGAUGCAAGAUUAUGUUUUACUUUAAUAUAGGUGAUAAAACAUUUUAGGACUGCUCUGGAAAUAUCCACUCAAUAUGAUUGUCAAUCUUCAUAGUUUUUGUUACUUGUUUCAAAGUAUGUCGUCAAGUCAGAUCAUAUUUGUCUUUGCCAUUUGCUUUGAAUGCAAUAAAUUUGCUUCCCUGUGGACACUAAA